CGCCUUUUAAUUAGAGAACUUCCAAGAAGAGUAUCCUAAUACCGACAAACUGCGACGAAUUUACAAACUAAUUAACCAAGAUGAUAUCUUGGAGGACCUCGCGCAGAUCAGCGUAACAGGGUGCAUUGGUCCGAGCCUGGUAGUGAACAUAACAUGCUAAUUUUGAAAAAAGUAUAUGAACUUUUAUGAGGUAUAAUAUCUGAGUAUGUUUAUUUGAAUAAACAUGGAUUUAGAAAAUACUGUGCAAGAACUGUGUUUUGGGCUCACUGCUUCUCGAGCUACAGACCGAAAAAGGAGUGCAGAAUCUUUAAAAGAUUUUCUUUCAAGAAAUGCUUUGGGAGCAUUACUGACAAAAAAUACCCUAAAGAAACAUGGGUUUACAUGGAAUAAUCUUUUCAGGGACAUUAAUGACUACAUACUUAAGGAAACUGAAAAUUUUGAAACAUCCAAAACAUACAACAAUGUUACAGGACCUUUAUGUACAAGUUUACUACACUUGUGUAUUUCUGGUGCUAAUAAAGGUAAAGCAUAUAUAAAUUGUGACAAUAUUAUAUCAGCAUCUUUAAAUAUUUUAAAAGAUAAUCGCUUAACAAGAGCUAUUGGAGAUGCAUAUUUAAGUAUGCUGUAUAAAUAUGUAUUGCCACAUGAAUAUUAUUUGGGAUUCAUUACUGCAAGCAAUUGGGAAGAUCUACUUGAAGUUACAAUUACUAUGUGCCGGUCGAAUUAUUCAACGAUGGAUGAUUUUACAAAAUUGAGGGUAGUUUGGCAUAUUCUAAAGUCCGGACGAGACUACUGUCAGCUUGUAAUACCAAUUAGGGAUAGUUUAUCAAAAAUAAAGACGUGUUUUUUCAAAAUUGUGAAUGACAAGAAAACACAAGAAGUUAUGAUUGAAAUUAUGAUUAUACUGGUGAAAACGCUAGCAGCUGAAAGCCGUUUGGAGUUAUGCGAGUUUACAGAAAACGUCUUGAGCUCAUUAUUAAAUUUUUAUGAUCAAAGCUUUGAUCAAAAGAAGAAGGCUUCCUUUUUUGAGUUAUUGGAGUUAAUAAUAAUUCUCCAUCAUCCAAAGGGAACUUUACAAAAAAAUGAGGGUAGUUUAGCUCAUGAUUGGCAAACCUGGAAUAAACAGUUGGAUAGUAUUUUGGAAAUAGUAUGUCUCGAAGUUAACUUUUUACAAAAACUUCGGAAACAAAUUGAUAUACAUAUUAAACAGUCUAUUCAAUUUUUUUCUCUCUCCGCGACAGUAUAUUAUCAGAUUUUUAAUUCGCCUUUGACUGAAGAGUCGAUAUCGGAAAAUACACCAAAAAGACCAAGAAUUACUGUUAAUAAGAAUAAAACAUUCAACGAUCUUAUAACAGAAUUUCAACAGAAUAGUAUUCCAUGGUUAGGUGUUAUACAUAAUUUUAUUGAAAGAUAUGGUGACACAAUAUCCACAACUGAUUACUUGUCGUUGCUUUACAUUGUGGAGAGUUCUAUAUCAAACGGCGUUCACGGUUUCGAUUGCGACAUAUUUGAAGCGCUAUGUUGCUCAAUAAUAAAAAUUAUGAAUGAUCGCUCGGAUUCGAAUAAAGACGAACACUUUAACUUAUUAUGGAAAACAUGUGUAAGACAUUCAACAACGGCAAUAGCUACUCAAAAAAUGUUACACACAAUCAUGCAACUGUUAUUGGUGUCCACAAAUAUAACAUAUCAAAAUGUUCAGCCUUUAAUUAAAUUGUAUAUUGAAAAAGGCAUGCCCGUCAAUGACCACAGUGUGCGCACAUUGAAUAAUAUAUUCCAGCAAUUCUUCAGUAAAUGUAGUCAAUUAGACACCCGAGUUACAUGUCUGACGUGGCUAAUGGAGGGUCCAACUACCUCAGUCGAUGUUACUUGUUUGCAAGAAUUGCUGUGGAGACUUACUGCAAAUGAAAAUGUAUUUGUACGAAAAACUCAUCCGAGGUCUUCAGUUUGCGAUAAUUUAUAUCAUACAUUAUUUGGAUCUACUGAAAAGUGUAUAUUAUUCAGUGAAUUUGAAUUGAAUCUCGAAAUAUGUGAAUCGUUACCUAGUGAUAAAGAUGUGGCUGCAGAUAUUGAGAAUAAUAGGGAAAUAAAUAAUGAAAUAUGUAAACAUUUAGAACAAAAAAUGUUCUCUAAUCUCUCUAAAAUAAAAGAGAAUGACAUUGAACUUUUAGAAUAUGUCAAACUUGUUAGACUUGUUUUGGCUUAUCUUGAUAUCAUGUUGCGGCAUGAUGUUUCAAACCCUACUGAAAUAGUCGACAUUCAGAUAUAUAGUCAAUUAAAAGAAUCCCUAAAGCUAAUGUAUGUUACAUUAAUUCAUAGUUUAAAAAAUGACAAUAUCCUAAAUAUACAUAAAAAUAAGGUUCUAAAAUAUGUACAAGAACUGAUAAUGUGCGAAUAUGAUUCGUUGCUUUGUACUGAAAUACGACAAAGGAUAGAUUCAGAUUUCUUUCAUGGCAUUCUUGAAAUCUUGAACAAAGAUAGCGCAACGGAUGAUGACUAUGAACAAUCUGAGAAAGACGAACAAGAAACUACUUUAGCUGGUGUGAAACGGAACUGCAUUCUUCUGAUGGCGGCCUAUUGUCGUAAACAAGAAAAUUAUACACAGGAAUUAUUAGAAGCAGUAUUAGAACCGAGUUUGUAUAACUUUUCUUGCUAUUUGGAUGUUGAAUGCGCAUUUCAGUGUAUCGAAUUAUUAAAUGAUUCCAAAGUAGAAGACAUUCCAAUAGAUUCCAUUUUUAAUCUCAUGAAAUUCAUGUGUAGAGAUUUGUAUAGAGAUCCCAAAGCAACUUUUGGGUUGGUCAAAAUAUUAUUCAGUAUGCUUGAUCGUAUUUGGUGUAAUGACAAUACUAUGAAACAUAAUUGUUUCAUUAUGGUCAAGAGUUAUUUGGAUAGAUGUAACAAAUUGUAUUAUCCUCCACAUGUGGCCGGUCUAAUUUAUAAAUGUGCAGCAAAAAUUGUGGCACUGAGCCUUAAACAUGAUUUAAAUCCUAAAUACGACGUGGAGGCGUUCAAAAAUGCUUUAAUUAAUAGAACAAAAGAAGAUAUCCACUGUAUUCGAUUGCAGUGUGUAUAUUUAUUGAAAUUGUUGAUUGCUGAUCUAUCUAAUUUUGACGUCGACUCAUACUUAUCUGGACUAGGAGAUAUAUUUACGAUCAAUGUAUCACAUAAUCAAUCCAGAAGAGAAUUAAUCAUAAACGAUGAAUCAACGAAUCGCACUUCAACUGUGUUGCACAGUUUUCUGGCAAUAGCACAAACCAAUAGCUCACUAAUGCGGAAAAUAGUGACGCUAGCAUUGCAGACUCAAAAAGAAAAGUCACUGGACGUAAAUUUAGUUAAAAAAGUACUAAAUAUAAUAACUCGUACAAUUGCUAAUAGCACUAUAGAUGUAUAUUUGAACAACAAUGUACUAUGGAUAUUAAAUUUUUGGUUUCACAAACAAUAUACUCUAAACGACUUGCCUAUUUUUCUGUUCGGGGUGGAUAACAUCGAUGCAUUUCUAACAACACAUAUGAAGUGGGUUGUGGCAGCCGAAAUUUUGUGGCACAACGGUGGCAAUAUUCAUUCGAGUAAUGUUAUAAAAGAUAUCAACAGUAAAUAUAAAAUAUCAGAAGAGGAAAUUGUUGAGGAUUGCUUUUGUAAUAUUAUAGUGUUAUGUCUUCCAUAUAUCGUUGCUAAUAAAUAUGGAUUGGAUAUCAUGAAGUCGCGAAAUUUGACUCAAUAUCCGUCAUUAAUGGCAAGCACCCAUAAAUUAUUUCAAUCCACCCGAAACAUUCUCGAUAAUGAUAAAUGGAGUAAUUUGUUUGUGGAAAAUAUAGCUGAGUUAUUGUUGCUAGCAGUGAGUCAUUUGAGUGAUAAUAUAGAUACAGAAGAAGUCUUUGGAGUGAAAGUUGCCCAGCAUACUGAGACAUAUUACUACCCGAAAACAAUUUUCUCUGCCAUACUUAAGUAUUUUGGGGAAUUAACGGAUGAAAAUAUUUUAAAAUAUAUGUGUGAUAACCAACCUGUAGCCAUAUUCAAGACAUUAUUCAAACUAUGGGAGAAUAUAUUAAUGGAAAAUGUGUUUGCAUAUAAGUUAUUAUUACUAAAUUCAUUCCUGACGUUUGUGUUAUUUAUUCCAUUGGAUCAUAAAUCUGACGCAUUUAUAUGUAACUUUAUUUGCAACAGUCUUGGUCAGGCGAUAAAAAAGUCAAAGGACAAAAUGGAAAUAAAAAUAUUUGCUACAUCUUUAAAGAUUGUAUUAAAUAAAUAUUUGCCGGAGAAAGUAAACGACUUGCGUACAACUAUAUCGCAUUUAUUAGUAAUUUUAGUCAUAAAAAAAGAAGACGGUUACGAAGAAGAUUGUAGUCAGUUAUUAAAUUACUUGAUAAUAGAUGUCAAGGAAUAUUUGAAUGAAAGUGAUGAUGUUGUUGAUUACAUUCACUCAAUGUCUCAAGGCAUUAUCGAGAAUGGUAAAUGCUCUACGAGUACUGAAUUUUUGGAAAAGCUGAAAAUGCAUAAGUUGGGAUUAAAAUGUCCAAGUCAUGAAACUCUGGUAAAAAUGUCAAAAUUUUUGAAAUAUAAUAGACAGUAUGUGAAUGACCUUUGUAUUGGUUUGGAUGCAAAGGGGUUUUCGGAAAACUGUGAAACAAGUUUAAUUCACCAGAUUAUAAAUGAUCUCAGUAAUAUUCUAAAGCACGCAACGGACACAAAGACGAUCAUUGAAGCAAUUGCUUGCCUAUCAGAGAUAGGAAAUUACGACUUAAAAACAUUGGUGACAGUGCCAACGAACAAAACCACGCGCAUAGUAAAUAUUCAGCCGCAAGAGUAUUUUGCAAGCACGGCGAUGAUGUCUGUAUCAGAUAUUAUGUUUGAUGAAAAUCCUACUGUCACUAAUAAAGCUGCUAAAACUUUGAAUAGUUUAUUGAAAUUUCAGGAUGGUUGUAGCGCGUUUGAACAUACAGAUAUUCAAGAAGUAACGAAACAUAUAUUAAAGCCGUUUGAGUAUACAGAUACAAAAAAAGUAGCUGUUUUCAAAAUAAAUGAAGGGUUAUUUAUGUCGCUCUCUGAAAAAAACUCUUUUUGGGUGCCCAAUGAAAAUGAAAAACAUGAACAGUGGCUAACUCGCGUUACAACCGCUAACUUGGCCAUUUUGUCGUCUACAGACAAUUACCUCAACGAUUUACAUAGUGUGUGCCUUCUAAAGCCUAGUGUGUGCGAAAGAAUUUUGCCGUCUUUAAUUGGAUUGGUGCUCUUUUGUUCUAAAAAAAAUCAUAUUAAUGUGAUUUCUAGUCAAAUUAAUAUAUUUUUUAAUAAUGUAUGGGAUAAGACUUUUGCUUUUAAAGUUGAAAAUAGUGGCGACAGUAUUGUACAUAAUGCAGUAUCAAAUAGUCUCGACCGCGAUCACAAAAUGGUCAUUCAAUACAUGUUGGGUAUUGUCAACUUUGUUCGAUUGCAAAGUAAAUUUUAUUCAACAAGAUUAAGUUAUUCGGCCGAAACAUUAAAUACUCUAAAUCUUGAAUAUGACAAAGUGGCAUGGGCGGCGACUGUUAUCGACCAAAACUUUGUAGCCAUUUAUUACAGCGAGCUUUGGGCGAUGUAUCAGAAUAAUAAAAUUCCACCAUCGUCGCCUGAAGCUACUACUGUUUUGGAUGGAGGCAAGGACAUUCAACGUAUAUUGAGAAAGUGUUAUGUUUCUAUCGGUGAAAUGGAUGCCAUUGAUGGCUGCGGCACCGCCCACUUGACAAUCGAAGAUGAGAGACGGAAACACCUUAUAUAUUCUGGCCAGUACACGGAUGCGUUAUUACUGCACGACAUCGCGCUUUCCGGAGGAGAUAACAAUAAUAUGGAAUUACAUUGCGGUAUUUUGAGAUCACUUCAAAGGUCGGGGAUGUACCAUAUAGCUCUACAGCACAUUAAAUCUCUGCCGGAAUCUGAAGAACUAAACGAUUUAAAUUAUGAAUGUCUCAGUGCACUUGGUGAUUGGAGUAAUGUUGUGGAUAUUCGACACAUGCAAGAAAAAAUUGAAGAAAGUAAUUACAACCCUAAUUCUAUCAUAAAAGCGUUUCGAUAUGCUUGUCUCAAAGAUUGCCUGACCUUACAAGUAACACCAAGGUUGGAUAACCGGCUCCUUCUGCCUUUGAAUAGAGCUAAGUUGGCUGUAUCUAAACUGUGUCAGGACCUUAACAUGGAAAACUGUCAAAAUGUGUAUAAAGUAUUAGCAAAGAUCCAUUUGUUUUGUGAUAUUGAAGAUUAUUUCGCCGUAAGAACAUACGAACUUCCAAUAGAAUCGUUACUUAGCAAAUGGCAAGUUGAGAAAUUGCCAGCAUUUCACGAUUUUAAGCAUUUAGAAGAUCUUAUAUGUCAACGAAAUCUGAUGCUGGAAAAUGCAGCAAAGACACAUGACAGAGUUGUGAAAGAUAUUAUGUCUUUACAAUUAGAGUAUGUUGAGCUGAGUUUGGAAAAUAAACGGGUGCAAAUGGCGCAGCGACUUUUAGCAACAGUGAAAAAGUUGGAGUCGUCUGAACAAGUAAUGCUAUUGGAGAGCCAAAUUUCCUGGUCUAAAGGGCAUAAUGAUAUCGCCCUCUCGUUAUUACGUGAAGUGGUCUGCAAUGACCAACCUUCAGCAAUAUCUUUGAGACAAUAUGGCUUAUGGAUGGCCGAGUCGAAAUGUGAUAGUCCUCGGGAUAUUAUAGACAAAUAUUUAAAAAGAAGCCUCGACAUUUUGAAUACCACGGACGAUACAAAAACCAGGUUGAAACUGUAUAAUGAUAUUGCAAAAUUCAGUGAUGUUGAAUACAAGAAGGUGGUGUCCUAUAUGAAUUCUUCAAUAUUCCAAAACAAAGUAGAAUGUUUAAAUAAAAUGAAGGACACUGUGAAUUCAUCUCAAGUUGUACAAAAUGUUUUAACUGAUGAGGACAGAAUAGCAGUAAGUACAAACAGAAAAUUUAUGCAUCUGGAGGAAGCCGAAAUCACUUGUACCAAAACUGAAAAAGAAAAUUUUUUAAAUUCUGCAAUGAGACAUUAUUUACUAUCUUUGCAACAAUGUGAAGAAAACAUAUUGUCUGUGUUCAGAGUGAUAUCUUUAUGGUUUGAUAAUCCCAGUUUGGUGCUAUUAGAGGGCGAGCACAAGUUUCAAGAUUUAUUAGAUAGAAUACCUUCUCGCAAGUUUAUUACCGUUCUGCCGCAAUUAGCCCCUCGUCUUAGCAAUGAAAAUACUGCGUUUGCUGAAAACUUACGAAAAAUAAUAAAGAGAUGCGCAUUGGAACAUCCGCAUCAUACGCUUCCAAUUUUGUUUAGUUUAAAAAAUUCUGAUAAAGACCAAUACAUAUUGAACUUUAGCAUCGGUGCAAGCAACCGAACACAGUACAGCCGCUCCAAAGAGCCUCGCGUGAUGGCCGCUGAGAAUCUAGUGAGGGAAGUAGCGAAUGAAAGUGACCGGCUGUCUACUAUUGUAUCGCAGAUGGAGAGAAUGUCUGAGGCUAUGAUUAGUUUUGCUAAUUACAAAGUGAAGUCGAAAGAACCGAAACAAAUAGUACCGUCAGCUGAAAAUAUUACUAGCCUGGGUCGGUUGGAUGCCAUAAUUAUACCUACGGUUUCAAUACCAAUUAGAAAUGAUUGCAAUUACAAUAAUUUACCCACUUUAGCAUCAUUUGAUAAAAAUUUCGAGUUAGUGGGCGGCAUAAAUUUUCCUAAAAAAAUAAGUUGCCGAAGUUCUGACGGAAGCCUAAAAAUUCUACUAAUAAAGGGUAAAGACGACCUAAGACAAGACGCUGUAAUGCAACAAGUGUUCAAUAUUGUUAAUACUUUAUUAGAAAAAAAUGCAAUAACUAGCAGAAACAAAUUGACCAUUCGCACUUAUAAGGUUGUACCAAUGUCUCGACGAUCUGGAGUAUUGGAGUGGUGCGAGGGCACGAUUCCCAUCGGUACCUAUUUGACUGGAAGUAAUGGAGCCCAUGUACGUUACAGACCUCAGGAUAUAACAGGAAACGUUGCUCGGCAAAAAUUUGCAAAAUGUCAUGAAGAGGGAAGAAGUAAUGACAUAAAAUUGAGAGUUUUCCUAGGAAUCUUAAAAGAAUUUAAGCCGGUGUUCCAUUACUUUUUUACGGAACACUAUUUAGAUCCGGUUACGUGGUAUGAGCGGCGUUCAUUAUACACGAAAAGUGUCGCUGCGUCUUCUAUGGUGGGUUACAUAUUGGGAUUGGGUGACAGACAUGUACAGAAUAUUUUAAUUGAUAAAAAAAGCGCGGAAGUGAUACACAUAGACUUUGGUUAUGCUUUUGACCAGGGUAAAAUUUUAAGAACCCCAGAAACAGUACCGUUUCGUUUGACACAAGACAUUAUCGCUGGAUUUGGCUGUAGCGGCGUUGAGGGAAUAUUUAGAAGAUGCUGCGAAAAAACAAUGCAGCUGCUCAGAGAUAAUCAGGAGACCUUAUUGACAAUACUGGAAGUGUUGUUAUGUGAUCCAUUAUACUCGUUGACAUCUAGGCAAAAUGUCCAAUCUGCCGCAGGAAACGCUGCCGUCUAUAUGGCUGGUUCAGAUAGGCAUCAUUUGGCUGAGCGAGCGUUAUUAGCAGUGAACAGCAAGCUUAGCGGGACCGAGGGAGGCAUCGCCGGUGGAGUCUCGGUGCCAGGCCAAGUGGCUCGCUUGAUACAUACAGCAACUGAUCCAGCUAACCUGUGUCGCCUCUUUCCAGGGUGGCAACCCUACUUAUAAAUUAUUGAAAUGAUGUAAUCAUUAAUACAUAAAUGUGAUGACAAUAUUCACUGCUUGUAGCUAUCUAAAUGAACCAAUUCAUUUUUUAAUUUUAUAUAGGAUAUUUACAAAUUUGUGUGCAAAAAAUGUCUAACAUUUUUGCUGCCUAUUUUAUUGUUAUUGUAUGAAUAAACAAAUAAAAAUAUAAUCGCUAAUAAUACUGUUAUUUAUCUUACAUGAAGUAUAUGGACCGCGGGUAGCAAACGCGAACCCACUAUAUUUAGGACUAGUGCCCGCCAGUUCGUUUUGAUGUGGUUAUGGAAUCCUAUUAUUUGGUAUUCGUUGUUAACAAAUCAAACGACAAUAAAUAAAACAUCUAUAUGUGGACAUUAUCUUAUUAGUAAACAAAAACGAGCGUUCGAUGGCAAAAGAAAUCUUCUAAGCCAAAUGGAAAAAAGUAUGUAACUUCCAUAU